GCCCUUGGUACGCAUGCCCGCCUCGCUGUCUCGUCCCAUCCCCAUCCCCAUCCCAUACCAUAGCAUGACGAUAUCACCCGGAAGUUUUGUCUACGGACGGUGAGACAUUGCUUGACGCACAUCGGAUUAUACCACUGGGUCUCCCGGCGAGGGAAGACGGCAAGAGCUUGACCUCUACACCACAAGACACCUCUAUUCAGCCAUUCCCUAUUGUCGGCCCCGAUCGACUCCAACCAUACUCUUAUUCCUAGAGGAAUGCGGUUUCCUCUAGAGUCUGUUCUUUCGACUUUCUUUAUCUCUAACUCGAUGGGGAUUUCCUUGUGUUAAUGCGCGCCGAACUGUGGAUUCAAGAACUACCAUGGCCUCCACCGGGAAGUCGACUACCACUCUCGACGACUCUCGUCGGGCAACGGGCUCGCCUAAGAUGAAGGCACGAGCGGAAAACGCGAAAGACACCCUAUGCCGGAACGUCACGAUCUACGGGCGUUGUCGAUACGAGGAUAAAGGAUGCGCAUUCAACCACGACCCUCACAAAGUGAAUUCAUAUGCGGACAGGAAACGCUUGAACGUUGACUCUCCGAGCUUUACACCGACAUUACUAUCCUCGAAUGGAUCCUCUCCCACUAUCGCAUCUGCAACCAUGAAAAAGACGGCAACAAUAUCACCCAAGGCUGCGAAUGCAGCCCCUUUCCAACCACGGAGUAUUUCAUCACGGUCCAACUCCAGCACGCCAACUGCGCGACAGGGAACGAUGACUCCGGAUUGGUCUGUCGCGGAAGUCCAGGAAUUCGUUCCUCAGGGCUUCGAUGGGUCGCAUAUGGCCUCCCUACAAGGAAAUGGCACUUCGACCAUUCCCACGACGACUGCAUUCGAUCCUUUUGUGACCUCGCCGAAUCCACUUUCUGCUGCCAAUGCUGUCGGUCCGGUCCAAGCGAACCCAUUCACACAUGAUACAGCCGCGGCGCUGGGGGGUGCCGCAUUCUUUGCGAAUCAGUCCGGCUUCCAGCAACCUGUUCAAUACCACAUGUACGCUCCAAUUGGACCACACAGUCAAAACACUUUGGGCUACCAGCGAAAUGUCCACGAUCUCUUCCUUCCGAACGACUUCCGCGAAGAACUACAAAAGAAAGCAGCGGCCACACUGCAGACCUUACCCAACACUCAGCUACCCGCUCAAGUGGAUUACUUCCACUCUCUCGUCCCUCUUGACCUGAACCAUCAAAAGAAUGCAGCCAUCUUUGGCUAUCCCAGCUGGGUAUACAAGGCCCAAUCAAGCAAAGACGGAAACUUUUACGCCCUUCGAAGAUUAGAAGGGUUCCGUCUGACCAACGAGAAGGCGAUCCGAUCCGUCCAAGCGUGGAAGCGGGUAUGCAGCGGCAGCGUGGUGACCGUCCACGACGCCUUCACCAGCCGGAGCUUCCAGGACAGCUCCUUGAUCUUUGUGACGGACUACCACCCGCUGUCCAAGACCCUCGCCGAGCAGCACCUGGGCGCGGGGAAUCGGUUCACCGGCCGGCAGAACACGCACAUCCCCGAGCAGAUCCUGUGGAGCUACAUGACUCAGCUCGGCAACGCGCUCAAGGCGAUCCACAGCAACGGACUGGCGGCGCGCAUCAUCGACGCCAGCAAGAUCCUGCUGACAGGCAAGAACCGCAUCCGGCUCAGCGCGUGCGCGAUCCUGGACGUGGUGCAGUUCGACACGCAGCGGUCGGUGGCGGACCUGCAGCGGCAGGACCUGGUGAACUUCGGGCAGCUGAUCGUGACGCUGGGCGCCAACGCGCCCAACGUGCUGCACAACCCGACCAAGGCGAUGGAGCACUUCACGCGCGCGUACAGCCCGCAGCUGAAGAACUCGGUGUUCUGGCUGCUGAACGGGCUGCAGAAGGACCAGGACCGCAACAUCGACAUCUUCAUCACGGGGAUCUCGUCGCAGCUGAUGUCGACCUUCGACUCGGCGCUGCACCUGGACGACCAGCUGACCUCGGACCUGAGCCGCGAGCUGGAGAACGGCCGGCUGGUGCGGCUGAUGACCAAGCUGAACCUGGUCAACGAGCGGCCCGAGUACGACCACGACCGCCAGUGGGCCGAGACCGGCGAGCGCUACUUCCUCAAGAUCUUCCGCGACUACGUCUUCCACCAGGUCGACGCGCAGGGCGACCCCGCCGUGGACCUGGGGCACGUGCUCACGUGCCUGAACAAGCUGGACGCCGGGUCCGACGAGAAGGUCACGCUGGUGAGCCGCGACGAGCAGAGCUGCUUCGUCGUGAGCUACAAGGAGCUGAAGAAGGCGCUGGAGUCGUCGUUCCAGGCGCUGCUGAAGCCCUCGUCGGGGCGGCGGAUUCAUUAGUGUCUGCCACAGCUUGGUGCCGCGCUACAUCGCCCUGCCCUUGACAUUAUAUAAACCGCGUUGCGCGGAGUGAAUUGACCGUUUACCUAUUCACCUAUUGACCGACUUUUGUGUACUGCACCCUCGGGGAAUUGGGUUCCCUGGGCGAGUCUGGAUGAGACGUGGGGUGGGGGUGGAGGGGCCAGUCGUGCUGCCUCGCUUUGCUAUUUGAGGGCUAUGUUUGGAUCCAGGAACGCCCCUCCCGACCGCACUUUCCGAGUACUGUUUGCGCAUUUGGACUAUCUGCCGUGGCAGCUGAAAGAUAUGAC